AUGGGCAGUAGGAGAACAGUCUCCUUUGUGCAUGUAUACAGGGACAGGAUAGAAAUUCUGACUACUUUGACAAGUGCCCAAAGUACAGAAGAGUUAUGUGGCCGAUUGAUAGGACGCCAAGGAAAAAACAUAAUUCACAUCAAGGAACGAUCAGGUGCCUCUGUUUCCUUACAGCCCAGCCCCUAUACACCCAAUCAUCAAAUCUGUUCUAUUGAAGGUACACAAGAAGAAAUUGAUGAAGCACUAAAAUGCAUAAGCCAAAAAUUCCCCAAUUCCAUCUAUCCUAAUGUUGACCUUACAGCAAUCACAGAUUCUACUCAGUUGGCAAGCAGCCCUAUGGUUGUACCAGACUUGAUUCAGUUAAGUCUCCCCCCUGAAGGUGUGUCUAUCGACAUCUUAGUUGCUAGCCUAGUGGAUGGGGGCCACUUAUUUCUUCAACUACCCACACAUCCUACCUAUGCAGCUCUUGAUCGCCUUAAUCAAUUUAUGAACAGAUGUUAUUCUCAACCAGGAAUGGUACCUCAGUUGCCACGACCUCUCAUAGUUGGUGUGAUAUGUGCAGCACCUGUCAUGGAAGGUUGGUACCGAGCUGUUAUUGUUGCUGUAUCUGAGGAAACUGAUGAAUGUGAAAUAAAAUUUGUUGAUUAUGGUGGCUUCAGUCAAGUCCCUGGAAACCUGCUCCGACAAAUACGGAGUGACUUCAUGACAUUACCAUUCCAAGCCAUUGAAGUUUAUUUGGCCAAUAUCACUCCUCUACAAAAUAUUGAAUGUGCCUUCUUUUCUGAGUGUAAUAUUAUCUCCCAUCAUUUUCCUCUCUCCCAACUCCUCUCUAUCCCACUCUAA